AUGGCGGCCUCCUGUUUCGCAAUUCCCUUAUCUUCUUCUUCUCGAUCGUCUUACAAUGCCAUUCCCAGAUUCAAAACUCUAGCCUCUUCCACUUCUUCUUUCUCCUACUUCGAAUCACUGAAAGCUCAGUUUCUUUCUUCUACAUCGUCUCACUUCUCUUCUCUUCAUCGCCCCUUUCUAGCUCAACCGCUGCCAAUCAAGGUCUCUUCUUCAGAAUUAUCAGUUCUCGAUGAAGAAAAAGAAGAACAAGUCAAGGGAGAUGGAGAAACAGGAGAAGAACCAGUAGUGACGAAGAAACCGAGACCGUGUGAGCUGUACGUGUGUAAUAUCCCCAGAAGCUAUGACAUUGCUCAGCUUCUCGACAUGUUUCAGCCUUUUGGAACUGUAAUCUCCGUUGAGGUAUCGCGAAAUGCUGAGACGGGAGAGAGCCGUGGAAGCGGAUACGUGACAAUGGCUUCUAUAAACUCUGCCAAAAAUGCCAUUUCUUCUCUUGAUGGAACAGAAGUAGGUGGUCGGGAAAUGCGGGUUAGGUAUUCCGUGGACAUGAAUCCAGGAGCAAGAAGAAACCCACAAGUCUUGAAUUCAACUCCAAAGAAGAUUCUCAUGUAUGAAAGCCAGUACAAGGUUUAUGUCGGAAACCUCCCUUGGUUCACGCAGCCUGAUGGCUUGAGAGACCACUUUAGCAAGUUUGGUACUAUCGUCAGCGCGAGAGUGUUGCAUGACCGUAAGACUGGCAAGAACAGAGUCUUUGCCUUUCUCUCUUUUACAAACCCUGAAGAACGUGAUGCAGCUUUGUCAUUGGAUGGAACAGAAUAUGAAGGUCGCAGAAUCAUAGUCAGACUAGGUGUCGAGAGGACUGAGUCGUAA